AUGGACAACAUAAGAGCAAUAUGUUGUUUCUUUCUUAUGGCAUUAGUUGCAAGGAACCAUGCUGGUCUUGUUGAUAUAAAAGCUAAAGGAGCCAAGGGAGAUGGCAAAACUGAUGAUGGUCCGGCUAUAAAUAACGCUUGGAAAGAAGCAUGCGCAGGAGCAGCACCAAGCGGGAUAGUGUUUCCACCCGGGACUUAUAUGGCAUUUCCCCCCAUUAAUUUGACUGGUCCUUGCAAGGGUCCGAUGGAGAUCAAAGCCACGGGAGCAACCAUUAAGGCACCACCAGAGCUUGAAAAAUUUAAAACCGGCACUUGGAUCUCAAUCAUGUAUGUCGAUAGGUUGACAAUGACCGGUGGAACUUUUGACGGCCAAGGCCAAGAAUCAUGGAAGAAUAAAAAAUGUGGCGAUAAACAAACAUCAUGCGACAUACCAGCUAAUAUCAAUUUCGGCUUCUGCAAACAUUCUUUAAUCAAAAACGUUACGUCUGUCAAUAGCAAAUACUUCCAUAUCAUAGUAUUACGCUGUGACAACACCACACUUGAACACAUCACCAUCAAUGCUCCAAAAAAUAGUCCCAACACAGAUGGAAUUCAUUUGUCGCGGUUAAUUGGGGUCAACAUCACAAAUGCAAAUAUAAAGACGGGUGAUGAUUGCAUUUCUUUUAGUGAGCGAAGCGAGAACGUCCGUGUGGAAAAGGUGACUUGCGGACCAGGGCAUGGCAUCAGCAUCGGAAGCCUAGGUAAAAACCCAAAUGAACGACCUGUUCAUGGAAUCUGGAUCAAGAAUUGUACCCUCAUUGGCACUGAUAAUGGAGUCAGGAUCAAGAGUUGGGCUGCUGCUCACCCUGGAAGCGUUAAUGAUGUCCAUUUUGAAGAGAUUAUUAUGGAAAAAGUGGCUAAUCCCAUUGUUAUUGAUCAAAAUUAUUGCCCCGCUAAGUCAUGCAAGGUGUGAAACAGAUAAUGCAAAAUUUUGGAAAAGUAGUGUUUCUGUGAAACAUA